UCUGCUUGCUAGAUGCACUGGACGAUUGAGCAUAGCAGAAGCUGGCCAUCAACUGUAUUGUCACUCUCACAGGUUAUGGAAUAACACCAUGGGCGACACAGCACCGGAGACCACUAGCAAAGAAGUCGAUAUUUAUCGCGACACAUGGGUCCGUUUUCUGGGCUACGCCAAUGAGGUGGGUGAGGCGUUCCGGGCCCUGGUGCCGGUGAGUGCGGUGUGGGCGAGCUACGUGGUGGCAACAGCCUACGUCACCGCUGACGCCGCAGACAAGGGCAAGAAGGCGGCUGCUGCGCACGGCGACAACCCGGGCAAGACGACGCGCGUGGGCGUGGCGGUGGUGGACACCUUCAUCUGGCAGGCGCUGGCCUCGGUGGCCAUCCCCGGCUUCACCAUCAACCGCGUGUGCGCCGCCUCCCUCUACCUGUUGGGACGCUCCACACGCUGGCCCCUCUCCGUGCGCAAGUGGACCACCACCGCCAUCGGCCUCUCCACCAUCCCCUUCAUCAUCACGCCCAUCGACAGGUCUGUGGACUUCCUGCUGGAUAACAGCCUGCGUAAGGUCUACGGUGGUGAAGGAGAGAAGCACGAAUAAACGCACCAUCCUGCAGUGAGAAAAAGCCUGUGGGAGGCACAACCAUCAACCCUUGACCCCUUGACUUUUCACUGACUUUUGACCUCCUGAUGCCCUUGACUCUCCUUGACCUUUCGCCUGAGAUCCAGCAAGGCCCUGAUGUCUUGAAGUUUGAGCUAAAAAACAACACUGUGAAGCACAAAGCCAUGCAGUUUUCUGUCUUAUUCCCAGCAUUAGGACUUAGUCCAAAAUGUUAACUUGGUCAUCACACGAUUUAGGGAACAAGACAGUACAUGUCACACCCUAUGUAAGGGACUGUAUAAGGGACUGAGUGAACAUUUUGGACACGGGCACAGGUCUGUAUUUUGUCCCGUCUCAGACAGCACAGUGUCAACAUUGAGGUCUGAGAUCAUCAUACGUCUGAGGUAGUUUUUAGUGAAAUAUGUUGAUUUGUUGUGAACACUUUGAAUGUCUCUGCCUGAAAAUGGGGGCAUGCUAGUCUUUGUCUGAACAUGGAGGCAUGCUAGUGUGCUCAGUUUUAGAGCCGUCCGUUUUUGCGUAGUUUGUGUUUUAGUGAGUGAAUGAUUGUCUCGUGUUUAAGAAUUGAAGAACAUAAUAGAGACGUCUCUGUUGGUUGUAGUUUAUCAACCACCAGCUAAGUGAAUGCUUCCUUCUACUGUAACUGCUGUCAACAUCAACCUCAUGUAUCCUGGGGAUACUAUUAUAGGUGAUGGGCAGAGGUGCCAGCUCCGAGUUCAAAAAGUAAAAACCCUGCCACAUUUUUCUUCCAACACAGGUGACUUCUCUCUGUGCCUGUACCUGUCUUGAGGUGUGAUCAGCUAAUUGACCAUAUUUUAAGCUGAUCCAAGACUGGUUGGAUCAAAUUUGUGAUAGGGUUUAUACUCUCCAGACAUGAAAUUGGCCCUUCUCUUGCCAGGACAUCGCGUGCUGGGAUCCGCACGUUUUGCUGAUGUGGAGCUGGUUUUAUGAUAGUUUAUCUGAGACACCGAGUAACUGGGAACCUUUGAAAUACUUUGCCCCCUUAGUGCAGCAUGAAGUCAUCUUUAGAUAAGGGUUAGAUUACGUCAGUGGCUGGUGCAAAUAAUAAUGGUUAGUAGACCCAAGCAAUAUUAUUUUAUGUUGAAAUGUGCAAUCUAAGGGAAAGCCUAUACGUAUCCCUUUAUAUUCCUGAGGGCAAUAUUGAUAACAAGGGAAUUUAAUCGUGAGAUGGUGGAAAUGUAAGAAAUUUACAAGUAUCAAAAUAAUUAUAGACAAUAUAGCCAUGGACCUAAUGCCAAUCAUUUGUUAACAUCAUACAGUUGAGCAUAGAGAAGUAGAGCUCUAAGCUUAAAUGUGGUGAUGUUAACUGAUGCUGGUAAUGCUAAACUAAAGGCUCUGUCAAGCAUACAGAAUUAGCCAAAUAGAGCCGUGCAGUCUGUAGUGGAAGCUCUUGUAGUUCACACGCUACAUCAUGGUGCUAGCAACGCUAAGGCCGUGGCUGGACUGUCAAAGGUCAUACACCGUACCACAGACCAUAAAGUAGCAUUUCAUCUGCAGAUAGACCCAUACAUUCAGUGUUAAAGGUGCACUGUGUAAUAUUUUAGCAUAGUUGCAAUACCUACUCUGGCCACAAUCUUACACAGUGCACCUUUAAGGUCAAUUUUAACUGUAGCCUGUUCAAAGGUGGAGUUCAUGAGUGCGUCUUAAUAUGGGACCUUGCCUCCUCCACUUGCGCUUGUCUCCUCGCCCCGCCUCCUGGUCCCUCCUCCGUGGAGAAAACUAUAAAGUUUCCCAGCUGUCAGCCUAGCCACAACAACUUUUGAGGGACUGUUUUUCAUUCACCAUCCCAAUUGCAAACGAGAAAAAGACUCUACAAUUGAGCUUUUGCAAGAUAUUGAAAUAUAAUGCUGUUGUCAGUGAUGUCAUCAUGACGAGAAGCGAGUGGAGGAGGCAAGUGGAGGAGGCAAGGUCUCAUAUUAAGAUUCACUCCAUGUUUUAAAAAAAAAUCAAAACCAUGCUGGAUGUAAAAUUCAGUUUAUUGCCACCAUGGUCGAUUGUCAAUCCAUUUAGCAUGUAAGCGCUACCUGGCUUUUACACUCAGCUGGCUAUUAGGCUUAAUCUGAAAAUAAUACAGCAAACGUGCAUCUAAAUCAGUUCAAGCAAAGUCAUCAAACAUUCCAGUCAGAGGCAUAGAAGGGAAAUAGUAUACAUUUACUGUGGCAGCUGUGUUGAUUUUUACAAUUUUACAACUUUUUGCCAAGAGCAUAGUGAACUCUACCUUUGACUCUAUUAAAGAGAAUAUUUGGAGCAUAGGCUAAAAUUACCUCAACUCAACAGAGGGAAACUGAUAAAAAGUGCAAAAAAAUAAGUUCUUGUACUUGCAUGUGAGAAAGAACUCCUUGGCAUUGUAGAACCCAACACAAUCCAAAAAUCGUACAUGUUUUGUGAUUCUGGUCAUAAAAAGGGAUUUCUUGCUGUUAUUUAAUUUGAACGAUAUAACUAUGGGUCUUACAUUUUAAAAAAGAAAAAAAGAAGAAGUUCUUUAUUUGGACAUUUUGUUAACACAGUGUCCGAAUAUACAGAAGAAGUGAAGGAGCAAUAUGCUUUGUUGAGACUGCUGGAUGAGUUUUUCCCUUAUCUUACCCUGACUGCUUCUGACUUUGAUGUUUGGACUCGUGAGUUUUACAGUCUGCUGAGAAUUUAUAUUUAGUGUGAUUUUGCCAAACCCAGUGCACUUCACUAAUGGACUUUACAUGCAACUCCAGUCAUAGUUUUUGCCAUGGUUCACACCUGAUCACUUUAUUUUUUGUAUGACAUGAAAACAUGAUAUGAGAAGUCAAACGAAACUUACAUUUUGACUGGACAUGUGGGGAACAAAUGUCCGAUUUGGACUGUAGUCUGAUCACAGCCCGAGAGCAGCCUAGUCGUGAUGAAGGGAAAGCAAAUAUAUUAUUCUUCAAGUUAUAAAGCAUUUCAGUACAGCUUCAUUGUUCUGUGGCAUAUGUCAUUAUUAUGUCUAAGUUAUAUGCUAUGCAAGUUGUACCAAAGUUGUACAAAACAGAAUUGAAAAAGAAAGUAAUAUUUAUUCUAGACACUGAUGGAUUUUAAUUUAUAUGAUAAAAAAACAAGAGGUUGUAGUAUCAAAUAGAGAGCAAUAAGCGUGCUUCAAAAUGGCUGGGAUUUAAACAUACUGUGUAUAUACAUAUUUGGUGGCACUUGUUUUUACAGCUGUAAAACAUUACAUGACACUUAAUUGUAAUGUCCUACCUUGGUUUUUAAGUUGUCACUUUUUGCAAUGGUUGCAUUUCAUCUUUUUCAUUCAUUAAGCUUGUGAUUGAAGGGAAUGUUUUCGUUUACAUUUAAAAUACUUGGUCUUUAAGGUUAUUUUCAGGAUUUGAUAAAAGUGAAAUAUUUGGGAAUAGCUCAUUACAUAAGUAACCAACCAUGGCUACCUGAUGGAGUUCAUUUACAUGUGAAACAUAUAUAUUGAAUGUAGAAGAAAAUCUGCAAAUAUGGCAUGGAAUUGUUACACAAUGUUAACAAACAAAACAUCACAAGAGAACCUCACUGUAGAGAGAUUAUAGCCUAAACAAGAUAAAUGUGUAUCAAAGUUAAGUUCUAUUUUCCGUUCUAUAACAUGUCACAUGUACAUUAAACAAAACAUUUCUGAAAUUGCCUUU